CCUACUUCGCUGUCGUCGAGCAGCGCCGUCGUCGAGGCUCAGCCCUCAGUUCUCCGGCCCCUCGGCCAUCCCCUCGCCCUUGCCAUCACUCUCGCCCUCGCCAUCAGCCCUCACAUUCUAGCUCAGCCUGCCCACUUUGCCGCCAUCGAGCUUGCCGCCGUCGAGCUCAGCCCUCGGGUCUCCGCAAAGCCCUUAAUGAUAGUUAGGGGAUUUUUAACUUGUAAUUCUUGUUGAUUUUUUGUGAUAUGAAUUAUGAAUAUGACCAUUUGAAGAAAUGUAUAAUAGUGGGGAUUAUAUUUGAGUUUAGAUUUUGGGAUAUGUUUAUUGUUAAAUUGGAUAUGAACUAUCGUAAUGAAAUUGUUUAGUGAAAUUGAAAGAUCAACUUGAUGACGAUUUUCUAAAGAUUUUGAACUUCUUAUAUGUGAUAAUUUGAUAGCUUGUAUGGACACUCCAACAAUUCUCUCACGUGAUACAACAAUGGAUGAAAAUGAAAAUAAACUUAUAGUCAUUGGCCUUGAAGGCGAGGAUCAUGAUCUACUAUCUAUAACAAGUUUUUUCUCUCAGGCAUCCGAGUAUGAGGAGAAUGUUGAUGAGCCUAUUGGCGUUGAAAAUGACGAAGGUAAUUCUGUUGUUGAUCCAUAUAUCGAAAUGGAGUUUGCUACUCAUGAGGAAUGUUAUAAUUUCUACAAUGCAUAUGCUAGACUAAAGGGAUUUGGUGUUGGCAAUGGUCAAACAACUUGGUCGAGAAAGAAAGAUGCAAUCAUAUCUAGAAUCUUUGUAUGUGACAAAAAAGGCUUUAAAUUUUUAAAAGAUAAAAAAAAGAUGGUUGGAAUGUAAUUCGAAAGUCCAAUACAAUAUGUGGAUGCAACGCAAGGAUGGUUAUUGGACUUGAUAGAAGCACUGAAAAAUGGGUGGUCCGAAAUUUAAACAUUAAUCAUAAAAAUCAUCCAUUAACCACACCAAAUCAGGUAAAGAAGCACUACUCACAUCGGAUACUUCAUCGAUCUCAAUUGACAAAAAGGUUGAUAAAUACUCUUGACAAUCGAUGUUUACGCACUUCUACCAUUUGUAAGGUUGUAGACGUUGCUCAUGGAAAUGAACAAGGCUCUCUCACUCAACAAGAAUGCCAAGAUCAUCUUAGAAUUAAACAAAGAAACAAUGUCGGCCAUGAGUGUGUGAACAUAGUUAGUCAAUUUCAAGAGAAAAAGGUAUCUAAUCCUCAAUUUUACUUUGCACUGGAUUUAGAAAAUGAUGGAACAGUGAGAAGUGUUUUUUGGAUGGAUGGUAGGGCGAAGACUUCUUAUUUGCAAUUUAGAGAUGUUGUUUGCUUUGAUGUUACGUAUAGAAUGAACAAUUUAAAA